GACCGUACGGGGGCGCCCGUGCUGCGCUCUUCAUGAGGUAACUUGGGGCACACAUGCGUUGUAGUAAACGUCGCACUGUAUUGCUCCUCGUGAGACAACGUAGCGCCUGAUUCCUCGCGACUUCCUGCGUCACGGCUCCGUAAUGUGUCUGCCCGCCCCGUGUGACAGGAAAACAGGAAGGAGGAAGCGAUGUGAGGCCGGUGUUGUGUCUGUUGAGGAGGCGACCAGAACGGAGUCAGAAGCGGCCCCGGAUUGAUGAGUCCUCCCAACCAUGUCAGAGGACCAUUUAUCCAGCACAAACUCUCUUUAUGGGCCGCCAGACACCAGCCACUCAAAUGAAGAAGAACCUCUCAUAGGAGAGCACCAACUCAAAAAAUACUGUUCUUCUAAGCCAGUGGACCAUUAUAAUGGGACAUAUAUUAUAUUUUUUAUACUGGGAGUGGGUUCCUCACUCCCCUGGAAUUUUAUUUGCACGGCAAAACACUAUUGGAUAUACAAGCUCAGGAACUGUUCAGAUUUCCCAGUCAUAGAGAGUUCAGAUAGUUCGGACUUGGGUGACUACUUUGAGAGUUACUUUUCCAUUGCCACAGCAGUACCAUCAGUGCCAUGCCUCAUAUUAAAUUUCUACCUUGUAAACAGGAUUUCAUCUCAGACCAGAGUACUGUCAUCCUUAGUUGUCAUGCUGCUCAUGUUUAUAUUUACCACAGUGCUGGUUAAAGUAGAUACUUCAUUCUGGACUCAGCAAUUCUUUGCUCUAACUUUGAUAUGUGUAGCGAUUCUCAGCGGAGCAUCAAACAUCCUCACGGCUAGUGUUUUUGGUGUAACAGGACGUUUCCCAAUGGAACACUCCCAAUCAUUAAUAUCUGGCCAGGCAAUGGGAGGCACAAUCAGUGCUUUGGCAGCCAUUUUGGACCUGUCCAUAGCAUCUAAUGUUACAGAUAGCGCUCUUGCUUAUUUUCUAACUGCCGAUGUCUUCAUUCUUAUAUGCAUUGUUGUGUAUCUGAUCCUUCCCAAGAUAGAGUACUCCAGCUAUUACUUGAAUUUGCUUGAAGAGAGACCAGACAUUUCACAAGGUGAAGGUUCUGAGGAGACAGUCGAAGCUACUUCAACCAAGACAAAUUCUCCACCAAUACUUCCCAUCCUGAAUAAAGUCAAAUUGCUGGCUGCAUGCUUGUUUUACACAUUUUUCAUAAGUAUCAUCAUUUUUCCAACCAUCUCUGCUGGAAUUGAGUCUGUCGACAAAUAUUCAGGUAGUGUUUGGACUAAUAAGUACUUCACUCCCCUGACAUGUUUCCUGACAUAUAACUUUGCUGACUGGAGCGGCCGGCAGAUCACUACAUGGGUACAAAGCCCAGGACAUAACAGCAAGAUGCUGCCAAUACUGGUUUUCCUUCGAACCUUUUUUAUCCCCCUAUUUAUGUUCUGUAACUACCAGCCCAGAAAACAUAUUUACCAAGUUUUCUUCCAGAGUGAUGUCUAUCCAAUCAUUUUUAUCACUCUGCUUGGAUUCAGCAAUGGUUACUUAGGAACACUUGCCAUGGUGUAUGGUCCUAAGGUGGUCCCCAAGGAAUUGAGCGAAGGCACUGCAAUUGUAAUGUCUUUCUUUUUAGGGCUAGGGUUAGCGAUAGGUUCUGCUUUCUCCUCACUCGUUCACUUAAUUUGAACAAAAUGUUAUAACAUUAUUCGGUAUAGUUUUUAUCUAGAGACUUUGAAAUGAAACACAGUCAGUUCUAAAAAAAACUUCUAAAGUUUUUAAAGGUUUAUUUGUUCACUUGUUUGUUUUACUUAAGGAUCAAAUAGUCCAAUCAUAUAAGGCAUUAAAGAGAAUACUUUUUCCUUUGAAGCAAAGCAGUUGCCAUUCUAUGAUGCUUUGAAGACAAGUAUAGUAUGAAGACAGGUCUGCUCUCCUAUUAACACAAUGGCACAAAAGUAUAUUUUGUCAUUUGGCAUAGUAAUACAGCAAACCAACAUAUAGAGAGUCCACUGCAUUUAUAAGUUGAGCAGUGUUCUUGUUACCAGAGAUUUAUUGGCUGCCAUGUAGCAAUAUUUACAGUCAUUGCUAGGGUGCAGUGACUAUAUGAAAUAUACUAGACUUAUAACUAUCCCCUUCUAUUUAAUCAAUGACUCCUAUAUGCCAAUUAUGUUGUACUAUUUAGGCUUAGAGCAAACCUGUCUUCAUACUAUUCUGCAUUUAAACGAAGCAGCAUAGUCCAAUGACAGAUAUUCUUCAAUUUUGCUUUUGCAAAGGUAUUACUGUGUUGUUCUUAUUGUUAAAGCUGACCAAUUUGUUGGUUGGAUUUUAUACAGUAACACCACUAGAUGUGGUGCUUUAUCAAAUCUGCUGGAAACAGAUCCCUGUGUUUUUGGUUACAGUAUAUUUACGGUAUAUUUAGAACUCAAACACUUUUGAAUUGAAGUUAAAUCUGUUUCAUGUCUUGUUUAAUUGUAGAAACUAACAAUUGUGCAUGUUUUAAUAAAUUUCAUGUAAACAUAGCACAGGAUAGGAUGCUUAUAUGGACAUCCUAAAUGGGGCACCAUGGGAUGGUGAGAUCCCAAAAAUAAAACUAAGCUAAUUUUUUCGUCAGAUGGGUACAGUUAGAACGGUACAAAAUUUGUAUGGUUUUUGUUACUUUGUUUUACUACUUUAAACUAAAUUACAAACUUAAUGGGGUACUUCAGGGAAAAAAAAUUAUAUAUGCUCCAAAGCCACCACAAUAUGUUUCCUGUAAACCACCCUACCUGAUAUGCAUGGUUCCUGUGGCUCUGUUGUCUUUUCUGGCUGCUUGAUAUUCUUUGCCAUCCUUCUCUCCCCUUGCCUACAUCUCCCAGCAAUCAUUGCAGCUCUGCCCUAUCAGCACCUAUCCUCCUGCUCUGAGCAGCAGAGUAAGAUUCAGUGUCUGAUUGGCUGAGGCAGCACUAAAGAGAGCAUGACUCAUCAGUGCAGUGCAGAAGCCAUAUGGUCUGUCUUUCUCAGGAGCCUUGGAACUGCUUUCCGAGAAGGAUUUGGACAAAGACAGAGUGGAUGGCUGGAUGAUGUCAUUCCCUCACUUUAAGUGAUAACUAAAGAGGGGAAACUGCUCUAUAUUUCUACUGAAUUAUUGAUUUUUAGACAAUUCAAUGGGUUGAUGAGAGGGAAAGGAUGGGAUAUGGGUUUAGUUCUCCGGAGUACCCCUUAAAAAAAAUUGUUUUAAAUGCCAUAUUCUGACCCAUGUAAAUUUUUUUUUUUUCAUUCUAUAAAGAUGUUAGGCUUUUUUUUUUGUUUGUCUGUUUUUUAAUCUGAAAAAUGAGAAAGGGCAUGAUUUAAAUGUUUAUUAUGAAAGGGGUUCAUGUUUUUUUUUAAAACCACAUUAUGAAUUAUUUGUUUACACUUUUUUUUCGUUCCUCUAUGGGAUUUGUAUGAGCAAUUAUUUCAUUGAAUAUACACCUUAAUUGUCCCAUUCCGUAAUUAUUCAUCAGGGGUAAUCAAGGGGUUAAUGGAUUCUAUGGAGUUUCUGUCAUGUAGCACUACUUUGGCCAGAAUUUUCAUUAGCAUGCUUUGUUCCCAAUGGAAUAAAAGGUAGGUAGUAUCAAGCUUUAGUACAUGAUCAGUAAGCAAACCAAAACAAGGAAAACACGUACUACACACAAAUACAGCAGACAGAAAAGAAAGAAAAAAAUAGUUGGAUUGCCAGAAUAAUAUGUCCUAUAAUUUUGACCCCUACUUAGGACAGGCAAAAGCACAGAAUAUUAUCUUGGAUUCAGAUUCCCUUGGACAUGCAAGUCCCAUGAACAUUUACAUUUUUUUUUAAUUUUUUUAUUUUUUUAUUUUUUUUAAAUGCAUUUUUUUCCCCACAUUUUAGUUUGUUAAUUGUAUGAGUAACUUAAUGCCUCUUGACCUCUGGGGUUACAUCCUGGAUCAUUAGGAAAAGGGGGGUGAUUUAUCAAAACCUGUGUAGAGGAAAAGUGGUGCAGAUGACUAUAACAGUCAGAUCCCUUCUUUCUUUCUUUUUUAAAAAGUCCUCUGAAAAAUAAAAAAAGCAAUCUGGGUCCUAUGGGCAACUGCAUCACUCUAACUCUAGACAGGUUUUGAUAAAUCUUCCCAUUAAUCUUUUGACACUUCCUCCAUUUUUUUGUGUACUCAAUAAUUUGUUUAAUUCCUUCUUAAAUUUAAGGUAUGCUGCUUAUAUUCCUUUAUUACAGAUAUAAAUUGAACUAUGUAGUCAUGAUGUCCAAGCAUUUAUUACAUAUGAUCUUGGGAAGGUCAUAUGACCGAAAAGGCUUGCCAACUGUUUUGAAAAUUGUUUUCCAAGCUGCUUGGGAAUAUUUAAAUUUGUACUCUAUUAGAGAUGAGUGAAGUUACAGUGAUUCGAUUCGUCACAAACUUCUCGGCUCGGCAGUUGCUGCCUUUAGCCUGCAUAAAUUAGUUCAGCUUUCCGGUGCUCCGUUGAGCACUAGAUGCUCUCCUAGGACUGUGUUCACCUUUUCCA